AUGGCCGACAACGGAGCUUGGGGCGCGUGGCAGGUUGAGUCUUCAACCUUUACCAAGGCCGUCGUCUCUUCUAUGCAGAAGCUGUAUCCAGAAGAGAUUGCUGAUAGAAGCUGGGACAAUGUUGGGCUCUUGGUUGGAAACUCGGAGAACGAUGCCAAGAAGACAAAGAAAGUCUUGGUGACCAAUGACCUGACUUGGCAAGUAGCUGCUGAUGCUAUUGAGCAGGAUGUCAGUGUCAUUGUCAGCUACCAUCCUUUCAUCUUUGGUGGUCUCAAGUCCAUCACCAACAAUGACCCUCAGCAAGCUACUCUUCUACGCCUUGCCAAGGCUGGCAUUGCCGUCUACUGCCCUCACACCGCAGUUGAUGCUGCCCCUGAAGGACUCAACACCUGGCUGGCUGAUAUCGUAUCUGGUCCUCACCACAGCAAGCGCUCCGUCGCCAUUCCCUGCAGCAACGCACCAUCCAGCCACUCUGGCGCAGGCUAUGGUGCCAUUGGUCACUUCGAUAGUGCUGUAUCCCUCUCAGAAAUCAUCCUCCGUCUCGCUGAGAAGCUUGGUGGUCUUAAGCACGUCAUGGUAGCAAGCCCUGUGGGUGCUGAUGUCAAGACGACAAAGGUCAGCAGCUUUGGUGUCUGCGCUGGCAGCGGCUACGAUGUUCUCAAGAAGGCGGAUGUGGAUCUGUUGGUGACGGGUGAGACAAGCCACCACUCAGCUUUGAGAGCUAUCCAGCAGGGACGCACACUUGUGCAAGUCUUUCACAGCAACUCCGAGCGUGGAUAUCUUCAAGAGGUUCUCAAGCCCAAGUUGGAGGCUGCUCUGCAGGAGAGCGUGCCCGAGGCCGAAGUCGUUACGAGCAAGCAUGACAAGGAUCCCUUCACCAUCUUGGAUGUGAAUGAUCUUAAGUAA